UCUAGACAAGAAAAUAGAUUUUCCGAAGGCAUUUUAAUUAUAUUAAUUACAAAUGUAAAAGACAAUUAAAUUGUUGCUUUAACUGAAAAUUGCAACUGCAGUUUCACCUGGGGAUAUUAAUAUAAUAGUUUAAUUAUGAUUAAAUUUGUAUAUCAUAACAAUAAUAAUUAAUAAUAAUUCUUAUCUUAUAUACAUUCACAUUUUUUCGAUACAAAAAUAUAAAUAAUCAAUUAUUUUUAUAUAUUGUUACAUAUAAUUAAUUGGAGCAGUAAAAAUUUUUUUUAUUGCUACAUUUUAUUUCUGAUGAGCAAUCAAUUUUUCUGGUGAAUCCAGGAAUGAUUGCGGCACGGGAUUCUAAAUUAAAGAAAAGUUGUUUUUAAUUUUUUCUUCGAAAAUUAAUCGAAAAUGAAAAUGGAGGAAAUUAUUCCUCGGCGCGUGGUUUUCUCUGAUGAUGAAACUGAAAUUCACAGAAGUUGAGGGUCAAGGUGAGAACUCUCUGAUAAGCUCCCAAGGGUUAUCUCAAUCAAUGAUAGUGGAAAUAUCUAUCGUGAGACUAGGAAAGGAUUUUCCUCGUUGAAUUGAUGUCAAGUGUCUGGUCCACUGAGAGAUUAAUCAUUUUUAUAUCAAUAUUUUUGUACCUGUCUUUUCUUUCGUCAUGAUCAUGGAUAUCAAGGUCAUUCCGUGUGUUGUGCUGGUACUGAUGGUCAUGGGUGAUACUAAUGCAGCUAGAUUAAAGAGACAGGCACAUGGUGAAUUGCCCACGUUUGGGGUGGAUUCAAGCAACCCUGGUGAUCUUGAACCAAGACCAUGGAAACGUGUGGUACCACGUGACACGCGAAAAACAACAAAAUCUAACGAAGCAAUACCCGAUUACGACACGAUAUUGGGCCCGACAGAACCCUCUGAUUCUGAAUCUGGUGAUGGCAAUGAUCCCGACACCGCUCCUCCUAGCACUAAACCCAAGCCACCAGUAUCACCAAAGGCACCGACGAAAAAUCCACCUAAAAAUACUCCCAGCACUAGACCGAACCCUGGAGUUAAGAGGCCCAGGCCGAGUCCCAAAAUUCCACCCAAACCUCCAUCUGAUCCUAAUGCAAUUGGAGGUGAUAGUGGGCCCGAUGAUACUCCAAUAACUCGAAUUAAUGUUCUCCCCGCAUCAACGCCCAAUCCUAGGCGACCGCCCCCUCCGAAACCCGAUAAACCUGAAGAACCAGAAGAAAAGCCUGAAGAUCCUGAAGAACCGGAAGAAGAACCUGAGAAGCCGGAGGAAGAACAGGAGGAACCCGAGGAAGAACCGGAGGAGCCUGAGGAAGAACCGGAGGAACCUGAAGAAGAACCCGAGGAACCUGAAGAAGAACCAGAGGAGCCGGAAGAAGAGCCUGAGGAACCAGAAGACAAAAAAGAGCAGCCGAAGCCUAAGUCGCCUCCAGUUUCAAAGCGACCCCCGAGGCCUCCGCCAAAUACCAAAUCUCCAAACCCCCGGACCCCUCCUAUGUCACCCCCCAGUCGGGAACUACUUCCUCCUCCAAAACCACCGAGUGAAGAAGAUCCUGAGAAAAAUCCGAACGAGCAACCAAAUGCUGAAGAUGAAACUCCUCAGGAGCAGCCGAAAACUCCUAGUGGAAGAAGACCUGAGACAAAGAGACCUAGACCAGGACCUGGUUCGAAAAAACCGCCACAACCGAAACCUCGAGAAGAACCAGAUAAUCCUGACGAUAAUCCUGAAUCUCCAGGACCGGGAAAUGACGAAAAUCCUUCCGAAAGACCCGUGAACCCGAGAGCUGGCACGAAAACACCACGACCUAGGGGGAAAAGUCCCGGGACAAAAACACCCAACAGAAGAUCAGGCCCACAAAAUCCCGAAGUCCCUGAAGACGAUCCUGAGAAUCCUGACGCAAAUCCGGAAUCUCCAGAGCCAAGGGACAAAGAUCCUUUCGCUAGCAGAAGACCGGGGACUAGAAUUACCCCUCCUAGAAGACCGCAGCCCACGACUCCGGUGCCGACUCCCGAGGAAGAUUUCCAAAAUCCUGACGACAAUCCUGACUACCCAAAUCCCGAUAACGAAGACCCGAACCCUGACGAUGCACCUCCGCAACGAGCACCUCUCCCUUCAAAUACCAGACCCGGGACAAAGACUCCUAGACCGACCAGAAGACCAAGACCUCAGCCCCCCGUUCCUGAAGAUUCUCAAAAUCCCGAUGACAAUCCAGAAUAUCCAGACCCGGACGAGACCAUAAACCCUGACAAUUCUCCAGCAGUGACACCUCCUCCCUCCAAAACACGACCAGGAACUCGACUUCCAAGGCCCAAACCCCCUGUCAGACCCACCCCACGCGGCCCAGAAAAAUUCCCUGAAGAUUCUCAGCAACCAGACAGCAAUCCCCAAUUCCCUGAGCAGCCGGAUGAAGACGCAACUCCUGACGCUGAGCCCGUGACACCACCCCCCUCAAAACGAAGACCAGGAACAAAAAAUCCUCCAAGGCCCAGACCCAACAGAAGACCGAAACCACCUGCAUCCCCUAAUACGGACGAAACUCCCGACGAGAAUCCGCUCUUCUCCUCCCGCUUCGGGGAUGACCCCGAGGACUCAGCCAAAUCGCCCUCGGCCCCUGCACCUUCCGCAGCUCAACCUCCUUUUACUUCUCCAGGCAAGGCGCCUCCCGGAAGUCCAGGUACCCCAUCAUCAGCGAACGCAAAUGCCCUUAGUUCUGCCUCUAGCUUCGGUUCAGGCGCAAGCGCUGGAGCAGUUGCGAGUGCAAGUGCUUCAUCCAGCGCUAGUGCAUUUGGAUCACCUUGGGACUCAUGGGGUCCCACGGGCGCCAACAGCAGCCCAUGGGGAACAAUUCCAGUAAUUCCUAGCACAAACCCGGAAGGACCCAAUGCAGCUCCACCAGUAAAACCGUCAAAGCCUCCAACAAAAUCACCUCCAUCCAAACCGAUCCCUCCAGGAUUCAAUCCAUUCCCAAAUCCUUGGGCAUCGGCGUACCCUCCGAUCCCCAGCCCCUACAAUCCACCAGGUGCACCAGCUAAUCCUCCUGUCAAAGGAAAAAAACCAACUGGCGGACAACCAAGACCUCUCAACGGUUACACCCCCAUCGUCAGCAUCUCGGGUACUUUUGACGCAAAUGAUGCAUCAUCCGGUUCAAGUUGCUCUUCAACAAACUGCAGCCCUUCAUCGAUAAAACCAAGCAAUCCAUCCUACGCUAAUCCCAAUUACCAAAGCUACAAUCCCACUCCGGUUAAUGGUUUUGGAUCGCCAGUAAAUUCAAAUCCAAUGGCCUACAAUCCUAAUAGCUAUUCCAAUCCCAAUUACAACAAUGGCAAUCCAUCCCAGGGAUUCGCUAGUGCUGGGAGUUUUGCUAGUGCUAGUGCCAAUGCUAACGGAGGGAGUCCUGGAUUUCAAUCACGCAUAAAUACCGGCAGUUAUCCAGGAGAUAAUGAGAUUUCCGGAUUCUCCGGGACUGGGGCAGGUUCUCCUGUUUACACGCCUGCGGACUUUGAUGCUCAUAUCAAUCGCAUUCAGCAGCAGAAUCUAGCUCUGCAGCGACAAAUUCAGGAGCAGAUCAGGCAGCAACAGGCGCAGGCAAUGGGCUCUUGGGCAACGGGUAUGGCUUCUAUAAACGACGGAUCCAGACCUGUUAAUCCUAAUACCCAAUUAUACAGCAAUACUCAAGUUAACCGGGGAAUCCUGCCUCAACCGCCGAUGAAUAUUGGGGGACGUUUUGGGAAUCCCCCGGUAUAUUCUGGUGGUUAUGAUGGUUUGAAUUAUCCAACGUACAAUGGGAAUAACGAUAGAUUUGGAAACGCCGGUUUUGGAUUUCCGUCUGGAGGGGGAGGAUUUCCAUCCAUGGGAGGGGAAUUCCCGUCUGGAGGUGAUGGCGCCUGGGCUUGGGGAGUUGCCAAUGCAGGACCUAGAGGUAAUUCACAGGCUGGAGAGAUAGGACCUGUCGCUCCUGGAUUUGAAUCUCGGUUCGCCGAAGACACUCCAUCCCAGGGUGGCAGUUCUUACAGCAGUUUUUCGAGCUCAAGCUCCAGUUCUGGGGUGGGACCAGACGGUCAAGUUCACUCUCGCAAGAGUGUAACAACUGGAAUCAAUGACAAUGGAAGAGUUUCGAUCAAAACAGUUCACGAUCCAUAAAUCCAUCCAGUCACCGUAACACGCCUCAUCAAUUACUCCUAGAUAACAAUUUUAAGAAACUCCGGAACUCAUGAAUGUUCCACGCUUUUGCUUCCAAAUUAAUUCAUAAAAAAACGAUUUUACGAUUCGAAUCAUGAUUACUUGUGUUGUUUUCUUCUAAUAAUAUUUAUUGUCACAGUUUAUAUUUGAUAAUGUGCCAGUAAAAAAUAAGAAUUUCAUUAUUUUGUAGACACUUAGACGAAUGAAUAAAUCUUGAAAUACUCAACAUUCGAA